CGCGUUUAAGCCACUACUACUACGACGAUGGUCAUGCAAGAGCUGCCCAUCGAGCCGCGGGGAAUCCUCUGGGAAGAAGAUUUCAUCACGCCCGAACACGAGCAACGGCUCAUAUCCAUCUUCCGACAUGAAUUAGACUGGCCCGAUCGCACGGGACGCCAAUCACUCCACUACGGCUACACCUUCGACUAUAAGACCUUUGGCAUAGAUCCAGACAUCCCAUACAAGGAGUUUCCGGACUGGUUGAAACCGCUGAUUCCGACGACGGAGGGCCGGCCGCCAGAACAGGUCUGUUUGCAGUAUUAUCCGCCGGGGAGUGGGAUUCCGCCGCAUGUGGAUGCGCAUCGGCCGUAUGAUCAGCUGUAUGCGUUGUCGAUGGGGGCGCCGGUGGUGAUGCAGUUUCGGAAGGGGAAGACAGAGGAACGGGUCGAUGUGGAUUUGACCCCCCGGACGAUGAUGCAGAUGAAGGGGGAUGCGAGGCUGCAUUGGACGCAUGGGAUUAAGAAGCGCAAGACGGAUACGCUGCCUGAUGGGUCGGUGAGGUUGCGGGAGGAUCGGUGGAGUAUCACGUACCGGUGGCUGAGGGAGGGGGAGUGUGAAUGUGGGAAUCUUGAACUGUGUGAUGUGGCGCAGCGACGCAAUGGGAUUGAAAAAGAGAAGAGGUCGUUGAAGGAGCUGGCGGAGAAGGCAGCUCUUGAGGAUUCAAACUGAAUAGAUCAAACGUGAUGUGGCGGAGUCGAGAGACUGAGCAGAGAUUGACUUAAUAUCGAUGGGUGGACUGGCUAUGCUCAUCCUUGGUCAUGAGUACUGUGGCCUGUUCAUAUGUUUCCUGAAGUCGCUACAUCAGGCUCUGAAGCCUCCUAUUUCAUUACCUUUAACUGGGCGAUGAGCACUAAUGCACAAUUCUCUGGCCAAUGGCAUUAGCAGGUACUUGCUUCCGGAAAUGCAAAACCUAAAAAGGAGAUUGAUAUAACUCAGGCUGUGACUACGAGUCCCGUCAAG